ACCUACGAAUCCACCUUCGUCUCGCCUGCCGAUGAAACCUUGACCCUUGUCUGCUUUCCACUUUACACAUGUCACUACGAUUUUUCUUCUCAAGAUAAAACGUGAAAUCGUACAAAAUUUCUACACAUUUCUUAAACUUUCAAAAACCUAAAAUAUGUACAAAUUCGUUUUCUUCUUUCUACUUUUGUCCACAAUUGUGACCUCGACACCGGCCCCGGAAAGAAAAAAACUUAUCCGAAUCCCGCUCACAUGGCGACCGAGGCCUCCGGGAGAUAAGGCCAUUGGUAGCGUGGGCCUGUUCAAUGCUCAAAACACUCAGUAUUUCGGCCCCGUUGAGAUCGGCACACCGCAGAAAACUUUCCAAGUCGUGUUUGACACGGGUUCUUCAAAUUUAUGGGUGGCCGCGGAAAGUUGCACGGGAUCCGCGCCGUCUCCUCGGGUCGCCUGCGCUAAUACCGGUUUGGGGUACGAUUCCACAGCCUCCUCGACCUACGUCGCGAACGGGACGGCAUUCCACAUCGGAUACGGCGAUGGAUCCCAAGUCAACGGGACCCUUGCAGAGGAGUCCGUUUCUCUCGGCGGGGUUGCCAUCACGGGUCAAGUCUUUGCGAUAGCCACCACCGAAAUCUGGUCGCCUGGAAGCACCUCCUUCUUUUCGAACGACACCGUCGUCGGCAUCCUAGGGAUGGGGUAUGCCUCUAUUACCACACCCACCACCGGCAUCGCUACCGUGAUCGACAACAUGAUCUCGCAGGGUGCCAUCGACUCUGGCGAAUUCUCAUUUUACCUCGCGCGCGACGCCGGCUCCACCGCCGGCGGGGAACUCAUAAUCGGUGGGACGGACGCCACCUACCACACCGCCGACCCCUUCGUCUACGUCCCCGUAACGGACCAAGGGUACUGGAAAGUAGUCAUGGGUACGAUUACGGUCAAGGGCAACAACGGGGUCACGGGGUCAUAUUGUACAUCCGGUUGCCCCGCCAUUAUCGAUUCCGGAACAACCCUUAACAUCGGUUCGACAAGUGUCGUGUCCAGCCUGGCGGGAAAAGUUGGCGCAGUAUUUAAUAGUUCGUAUGGGAUUUACCUGGUAAAAUGUACCGCAAGAUUGGCACUUCCCUCCAUUUCGAUUGCAUUUGGCGGGAGGAGCUACUCAAUGUCGGGAACGCAGUACACCUUGGAAAUCGGGGAUCCCACGUGGUGCGCGUUCGGGUUUCUGGGCGAUGACAGUGAAGAUUUUUGGAUUAUUGGGGACGUUUUUAUGGGAACGGUGUAUACAAAAUUUGACCUGACUAAUAAUCGGGUGGGGUUCAAUUAUUUGAAAAGCUCGUAUUAACAGAUUUGGGGUAUAUAUAUAUAUUCUUUUAAAAUGAAUUCUGACAUGUGUCAAGUGUCGACAUACGGAAAAAUUAUGCCCUUUAUGCACGGUUCCUUUAUGAGGUACAUAAAUAUAAAUAAUAAGUAAUUUAUAGAAAAUAAGUUGUUAUGUAUUAGAAAGUUUGGGUAAGAGUGGAUAAUAUUUUGAAAUUUUGGAUAAUUCCGUAAAUAUACUAUAGAUUAUCUAUCUAUGUACCUAUACAUUAAAAAUUAUCUGCUAUCACGAUCAUAGAAAUGUUUUCCUGCGCAAUCUCUCCAUUAAUUAGAGUAAGCAUGUAUUGAAUAUUUAUUUAGUUGAAAUAACUAUCAGAAAUUUAAAGAACUCUAGAUCGUAGAGAACUCAUGUAUGUAAAUGAUUUUUUAGAAAACAAUUUAUGCCUCAAUUUAAUCCAA